UGGGCAGAGAGCAGUGUGUGGAAUACAUCAGGGACUCUCAGACCUUCCAGCACGUGGAGACACAGGCAGACUGAAGCUGGAGAUCCAGACUGCUGCACAUCUUCGCCUUGUGUCCGGGCUGAUUCUCAUUUGAUUCUCUUCUUCCACACCUGAAUUUGCUCGACUGCAGGGAGGCGUGUGAAAGCUUAAUUUCCCAAAGCAGGAGACGACAUUGUUCAAUCCAGAUUCACCAGGCAGUCCUUUUCUUGCCAAGACCAGCAUCCACUUGUGUUGAAGAUCUUGACCGUUCAGAAUCAUGGGGUCAAGAGGCCUGACUCUCAGCUGUUUGGUUAUGGCCACUCUGAUGGCUCUAAAUCAUGCCGGACUUGUAAAGAAGAUGAUCAGACACCGACGGGAAGCGCUAACGGUUCCUGGCAUACACAAUGUAACGCUUCCAAACCCUUCCCAUCCGGUCGUUUUCAACCAUGUUUACAACAUCAAAGUCCCAGGCAGCUCUCAGUGCUCGGUGGACCUGGAUUCUCCCAGAGGUUCAGAUCUUGAGCAAAGGGACACAGCUUUUGGCUCAGACGUAACGGAGCACACGAUGGAUGGGCUUAAUCAGAUCGUCUUCACCCAUCGCAUCAACAUUCCCAAGCAGGCCUGUGGUUGUAUGGAUGGACUGCCUGACCUGAAGGACCUCUUGAAUCGAUUGGAGAUGUUGGAGGGUGAGGUGUCCACACUCAGAGAACAAUGCAACGCAGAAUCCACCUGCUGCAGUGCACAGGUCACAGGUGCGGUAGGAACUAAGCCCUACUGCAGCGGCCAUGGAAACUACAGCACCGACAUCUGUGGUUGUAUCUGUGAGCCAGGAUGGAAAGGCCCCAACUGUACCGUUCCCGAUUGUCUCGGCUACUGUAGCGACCAGGGCCGUUGUGUUAACGGAAAGUGCGAGUGUUUUGAUGGCUUCACUGGUGCGGACUGCAGCAUGAAGGACUGUCAUGUUGACUGCGGAGAGAAUGGACAGUGCGUUAACGGAGCUUGUGUUUGCAAUGAGGGUUUCUCUGGGGAAGACUGCUCGGAGUCAUCCUGCCUUAACAACUGCCUGCGCCGCGGCCGUUGUGUUGAUGGUGAGUGCGUGUGCGAUGAGCCCUGGACAGGCAUCGACUGCUCAGAACUCAUCUGCCCGAAUGACUGCUAUGACCGUGGACGUUGCGUCAAUGGGACGUGUUACUGCGACAAAGGCUUCACUGGAGACGACUGUGGGGUGCUCACAUGUCCCAACAACUGUUCGGGACGAGGUUUCUGCAUUGACGGGCAUUGCGUAUGUAAUGCCGGAUACUCAGGCGAGGACUGUUCCAGCUUGACAUGUCCAAACAAUUGCAACAAGAGGGGACGCUGUUACAACGGUGUGUGUAUUUGCGACACGGGUUACCACGGAGAGGACUGCGGUAAACUGUCAUGCCCGAACAACUGCAAUGGCAGAGGGCGCUGUAUCAACGGGCGUUGCGAAUGCGACGUUGGUUUCCAAGCGCACGACUGCUCCGAAUUUAGCUGCCCUAAUAACUGCAGCCAUAGGGGGCGCUGUUUUAAUGGACAGUGUGUUUGCGAAGAGGGAUUUGCCGGCGAGGAUUGUAGCAUCAAAACUUGCCCAUCGGAUUGUUAUGGUCAAGGCCAAUGUGUGGACGGGAAGUGCAUUUGCUUUGCAGACUUUACCGGCGAAGACUGCGGUGUAUUGAGCUGUCCCAGCAACUGCCUGAACCGUGGACGCUGUGUCGCAGGGCAGUGUGUAUGCGAUGAAGGCUUUACCGGAGAGGACUGCAGUCAGAUGAGAUGCCCGAAUGAUUGCCUUGGCCGUGGACGCUGCGUGGAGGGCCAUUGUGUGUGUACGGAAGGUUUUGGUGGGCGGGACUGUUCUAUUUCCACCUGCCCAGAAAACUGUAAUAAACAAGGACGCUGCAUCAAUGGAAAAUGUAUCUGUGAUGAGGGUUUCACUGGAGACAGUUGUCAGGAAAGACGCUGUCCGAACGACUGCAAUGGUGCAGGUCAAUGUGUGGAUGGCCGUUGCAUCUGUGAUGAAGGCUACAUUGGCGAGGAUUGCUCAGAAGUCUCUCCACUGAAAGACCUGAACGUCACUGAUGUAACAACGGAGAAGGUGGACCUCAAAUGGAAGAACGAGAUGCUGGUGACGCAGUAUUUGGUCACUUACGUCCCGACAUCACCAGGUGGCCUGCUGAUGGACUUCCGAGUGCCUGGAGAUCGCAACUCUGCAACUAUCUCAGAGCUGGAGCCUGGUAUUGAGUACUUGAUCAAUGUUUAUGCCAUCCUCAACAACAAGAAGAGCGUGCCAGUCAGUGCCAGAGUGGCCACACAUCUGCCGCAGCCUGAAGUCCUGAAGUUUAAAUCUGUCAGGGAAACGUCAGUUCAAGUUUUGUGGGAUCAGCUGAGCAUUCCAUUCGACAGCUGGGAGCUCAUCUUCCACAACAAAAAAGAGGACAACGGGAAGAUUGUUAACACACUCAAACCAUCUCAGACCAACUUUGAGCAAACAGGACUUGGUCCAGGACUGGAGUAUGAAGUCUCUUUGGGCAUUAUAAAGAACAGUACCAGAGGACCUCAGACAAGCUCCACUGUAGUUACAAGAAUUGAUUCUCCAGGGCAGACUGAUAUUGGUGAUGUGACAGACAGAUCUGCAGUGGUUUCCUGGUCCAGACCUAUAGCUCAGAUAGAUGGUUUCCGGGUGUCAUAUGGGCCGAGCACAGACCCUUCAGACCGCCGUGAUGUGGACCUGCCGGCUACAAACACACAGCACAGCCUGGAACACCUGAAACCUGAUACAGACUACAGAGUUUCUGUCAGUUCCACGAGGGGUGACAUGACUAGUGAGCCGAUCUUUGAGAGCUUCACCACAGGCCUGGAUUCUCCCACUGACCUCAGAAUUGUUGGCCAGACUGACAGCAGCAUCACAGUGGAUUGGAAAAACAGCCACUCAUCUGUUGAUGGCUACCGAAUAAAGUAUGGCCCGAUCGCAGGAGGUGCUCAUGGUGAAGACAUGUUCCCUAGAGAAGCAGGAGACAAAACACGGGCCACGAUUACUGGUCUGAAGCCUGGUACAGAGUAUGGUAUUGGAGUCACAGCCAUUAAGAAUGAAAGAGAGAGUCAGCCAGCCACUACCAAUGCCCUGACUGAUCUGGACGCUCCACGAGGCCUGGAAGUGCAACACUCCACUGAAACCAGCCUGGAAGUGGUCUGGAAGAGGCCCAGAGCCAAGAUCUCCACCUACAGGCUGGCAUUCAUUUCUGCUGAUGGCCGCCAGGAAGAAGUCGAGCUGCCUGCUGCUGCCACCACUCACACCCUGAAUGGGUUGGUCCCUGGAAUGCGCUAUACUAUCACCCUUGUGGCAGAACGUGGUCGGAGAAGAAGUGCCCCUGCGACCAUGACUGCAUCCACAGAGGAAAAGCAGCCCCAGAUUGGGAGUCUGAGUGUGUCUGAUAUAUCUUGGGACAGCUUUAAUGUGUCCUGGACCAUAGAGGAGGGCCCUGCCUUUGAGAGUUUUGUGAUAGAAGUGGCAAACGCAGCGGGUGGCCUAGAAAGGCAGAACCUUUCAGUAUCCGGUGAUGCUCUUAGUCUGUGGAUGUCUGGGCUCAGCCCUAACACACCAUAUAUAAUUGCGUUAUACGGUGUGCAUCAGGGCUCUGUCCUGGGCCCGAUCUACACUGAAGCAGCCACAGAUAGCGCUCCAGUGGUUGGCAGUCUGUAUGUGUCUAAUGUAACAGCAGAGAGAUUCUCAGUUUCAUGGAAUGGCACAAAAGGAGAUAUUGAGAGGUUUAUCCUGGAGAUUAUAGAUACGAGCUGGAAGCGAGAGCCAGUUGAAUAUAAUCUAUCUCACAGUACACAGUGGUAUGAAAUCACUGGGCUCAGGCCAAGCACUGACUAUAUAGCCUACCUCACUGGAGAUGUUAAUGGAUGCAGAACAGACUCUGUCAGUGUUGUCACCUCUACAGCAGAAGAGCCUGACUUGUCUGGACUAGUUGUCUCUAGCAUAACCUCAGACAAAUUGUCUUUCUCCUGGCGGACAGGAGAGAAGGUGUUUGAUAAUUAUAUAGUCGGGGUGAGAGAGUCUGCUUUGCCCUCACAGGCGAUGGGGCACAUGUUGCAUACGGGGGCGCACUUCACAGUGCUGGCCGGGCUAAAAGGAGACACACAAUACCAGAUCAAGCUGUAUGCCACUUCUGGUGGCUCCAACACAGCUGCCCUGAUGACUGUAGUAACCACAGAGGCUGAACCAGAAAUCGAGCACAUUUUUGUGUCAGAUGUAACACCUGAGAGUUUCCGGCUGGCCUGGACCGCAGAUGAUGACGUCUUUGAUCGAUUUGUGCUCAAAGUUAGGGAUUCGAGAAAGCUCUCCCACCCUCAAGAGUUUAUUGUGCCGGGUGACAAAAGAACCAAGGUUGUAACACAGCUUUUUGGGGGAACUGAAUAUGAAAUUGAGCUUUAUGGUGUCUCGUUGGAACAUCGCUCUCAACCUGUUACAGCCAUUGCAAGAACAGGCCUUGAAGCUCUCCGAGACCUUCGUUUCUCUGAUAUCACAGAUACAUCGACCGUUGUUUAUUGGGCUGUACCUCAUGCCCAACCAGACUCCUUCAGAAUCACAUACAUCCCAGUCCAAGGCGGAACCCCCAUGAUACUGACGGUGGAUGGGUCACAGUCUCAGGUACAACUGAUAAAUCUGAUUCCUGGAGAGACAUAUCAAGUGUCAGUGAUUUCAGUUAAAGGUCUAGAAGAGAGUGAACCAGUGUCCGACACUUUUACAACAGAUGUCGAUGCUCCCCGUAAUCUGGUUGCCAGUAAUAUUCAGACUGAUAGUGCUAUGAUCACCUGGAAACCGCCCCGAGCUGCCAUCACAGGCUAUAUACUGACCUUUCAAUCAUCUGAUGGAACAAUCAGGGAAGUGAGUCUCGACCCGUCGGCCACCUCACACAGUCUUUCAGAUCUGAUAGGCUCCACAGAAUACACGGUUACACUGCAGGCUGUUUCAGUGGCCAAGAGAAGCAAGAAAAUCAGCACAAUCUUCACUACUGUCGGAAUGCUCUACAGAAAUCCAAAAGACUGCUCACAGACCCUGCUGAACGGAGAGACCUCCUCUGGUUCGACCACCAUUUACAUAAAUGGAGACGAGAAACAACCACUCCAAGUCUACUGUGACAUGACCACUGAUGGAGGCGGUUGGAUGGUGUUCCUAAAGCGUCAGAGCGGUAAGGUGGAUUUCUUUCGGAACUGGAGGAACUACUCUGCUGGAUUUGGUAACACAGAUGAUGAGUUCUGGCUAGGACUAUUAAAUCUUCACAAGAUCACAGCAGCCGGUCAGUAUGAGUUACGCGUGGAUCUGAGGGAUGGAGAGGAGAUGGCGUUUGCUCGCUACGACAAAUUUUACAUUAGCGAUCCUCGAACUCGCUACAAGAUCCAAAUCGGAGCGUACAGUGGAACUGCAGGCGACUCAUUGACCUAUCACCAGAACAGACCCUUCUCCACCUAUGAUUAUGACAAUGACAUUGCUGUCACCAACUGCGCGCUCUCUUACAAAGGAGCGUUCUGGUAUAAAAACUGCCAUCGAGUCAACCUGAUGGGGAAAUAUGAAGAUAACAGUCACAGCAAAGGCAUCAAUUGGUUUCACUGGAAAGGUCACGAGCAUUCGAUUCCAUUCGCGGAGAUGAAGAUCCGCCCAGUAAAUUUCAGAAACCUGGAAGGCAGACGAAAAAGAUCAUAGACUUAAAUUUGCCCAUUCUUUCUAUUUUCUCCAAAAACCCCACGUGAUCAACAGCAGCACAGUUUUGCGCAAGACAGAUACGACUAAAACUCCUCUGUGAAAUGUCAUGCCUUCAAUUUUACAGUUUCUCCAAAAAAAAUAACUGGACACCACUCUGAAUUAAUUAACGUGCAAAGUGAUGAGGUCAUGUGACGACAACACAGCAUAAAACAGUUUGAAAUAUUUAUUUUGUAAUGAUGCAUACCUUUUCAUGUACUAUUAAAAAACAGUUGGCAGUAUACCGUUUAUACUGCACAAUAUUCAGUAAGUGCAUAUGCACAGAUGUGACACGAAUGGGAUAGUAGAAACCAACUUUUUUUCAGGUCUCAAAAUUCAAAAAAGUGUAAAAAUGGAUAUAAAUCUUUUUACAAGGAAGCCAAUAAUUGGACAAGCGCUUCAAAUGUUUUGAAUGUUUUGUUUUAAAUUAUUUUUGUAAUGUUUUACCCCAGAUCACAGGCCUCAAUGUUUACAAUCCCUGAAAGCAAAAAUGUUGAUUAAACUUUAUCACUACUCCUU